AUGGAUCUAGCCAAGGAAGGGUCUAUCUCAAAGCAAGCUAGAUGGGCCAUUCUUGCAGCAGUAAGACUGCUGCUUGGGCUCGUUUUUCUUGGGGUCUUGUUGGUUUGGAUUCUGAGGCCCACUAAUCUGUGGACGGAGAAGUGGGUGGUCAAGAUAAGCACACGUGUCGAUUUGACCACAUAUUUCGGAUCACAAGGCACAAACCUUCUGAUAUUCACAUUUCCAGUUCUAUUCAUUGCUGUCUUGGGAUGUGUGUAUCUUCAUUUGGGAGAUAAUGGUGGUGAAUAUAAGGGAAGUUACAGCAAUGGUAAAAACCGUGGUUUGAGCUCAUGGACGAAGCCUGUGCUUGUGAAAGGCCCACUUGGUAUAGUGUCAGCAGUGGAGCUGGCCUUUCUCUUCAUGUUCGUUGCACUCCUGAUCUGGUCCUUGUCCACGACCUGCCUGACCAUCCGAUUUUCUGACAUCCACAAGGCCAUUGUUCUUCAUCAUCAUGGCCACGAUAACGAUAAAGUGUGGGAAAGUAAGCUGAGUAGUGCAGGUUUUUACUUUGGAUUCAUCGGGAACAUCUGUUGGGUCUUUCUCUUCUUCCCGGUCACUCGGGCAUCCUCCAUCUUGCAACUGGUGGGCCUCACUUCAGAGGCUAGCAUCAAGUAUCAUAUAUGGCUUGGGCAUAUGUCCAUGGUCCUCUUCACAGCACAUGGCCUGUGUUACACUCUCUACUGGGUAGUGACCAAUGACUUGGGUGAGCUUCUAAAAUGGGACAAGGUUGGAGUAUCAAAUGUGGCCGGAGAGCUAGCGCUACUCCUCGGCAUUGCAAUGUGGGCCGGGGCCUUCCCUCGCAUCCGCCGUCGAAUGUUCGAGCUGUUUUUCUACAGCCAUCAGCUGUACAUCCUCUUUGUACUAUUUUACAUCUUACACAUCGGACUUGAAUAUUUUUACCUCAUUCUUCCUGGUUUUUACCUCUUCUUGAUCGACCGAUACCUACGGUUCUUACAAUCACGAAAGAUGAUCGGAUUGGUUUCUGCACGCCUUUUACCCUGCGAAACCAUUGAGCUUAACUUCUCCAAAAGCCCAGGGCUGACGUAUAAUCCGACAAGCAUGGUGUUCAUCAACGUGCCGAGCAUUUCAUCUCUACAAUGGCAUCCUUUCACUGUGAGCUCCAAUUCCAACUUGGAGCCUGAUAGGCUGAGUGUGAUCAUCAAGAAAGAAGGAGAUUGGUCCCAAAAGCUAUGUCAAAUGCUGUCGUCACCGGUCCCAAUGGACCGUUUGGAUGUUUCCAUUGAAGGGCCUUAUGGACCAGCUUCAGUUCAUUUCCUAAGGUAUGAUAGACUAGUCCUGGUGAGUGGUGGCAGCGGCAUCACUCCCUUCAUCUCCAUCAUCAAAGAGUUCAUCUUCAUGGGCCCUACACUAACAUCCACACCUCCAACCAUAGUCCUCAUCAGUGCCUUCAAAACCUCUACAGAUCUCACCAUGCUGGAUCUCCUCCUCCCGAUCGCUGGGCCCACCUGUGACACAUCCCACAUCCAACUCCAAAUCGAGGCCUUCAUUACCCAAGAGAAGGACCCUACCAUAGACAACAACAAGAACCAGCUCCAGACCAUCUGGUUCAAGCCCAGCCCAUCAGACAUGCCGAUCAAAUCGAUUAUGGGCCCCAACAGCUGGCUCUGGCUAGGCGCCGUAAUCUCCACUUCAUUCAUCAUGUUCCUCAUACUAUUAGGCAUUACCACACGUUACUACAUAUAUCCAAUCGACCACAAUACCAACAAUGUCUACUCAGAUUCAGCGCGGGCACUUCUAAGCAUGUCGUUAGCGUGCGUUUGUAUAAUCGCAGCGGCUAGCGGAGCAGUAUUAUGGAACAAGAAGCAAGAUGCUAAGGAAGUGAACCAAAUCCAGAAUAUGGACGUUGGGACAUCGACGUCAUUGCCUAGCUCAUGGUUCUACAGCAUGGAUAGAGAGCUGGAGAGUCUUCCACACCAGUCCCUUGUACAAGCUACCAAAGUGCACUUUGGUGCAAGGCCCAAUCUUAAAAAUAUGCUAUUGGAGUCGAAAGGAUCGAGCGUUGGAGUUAUGGUGUCUGGGCCCACAGAGAUGCGCCAUGAGGUUGCAGCUAUUUGCUCAUCUGGUGUGGGAAACCAUCUACAUUUCGAGGCUAUUAGCUUUAACUGGUGA